UUUAGCGCUUUUGCGCAUACAUUUUCGCUGCAAUUUUUUUACGGUCCUCAAAACGGAAUAGUACCCUUUUCCUUUUUUGUUGUUCAUUAUAUUUAAAAAUUAUAUAUUGGAUAAAGCCUUUACUUGCAUUGUUGCUUCCUAACUAGAAUUGGUAGUAUUAAAUUUGCAAUAAUUAGAAUAAGUUGAUAAAUCGACAUUAAAAAUGCAAUAUUUAUUGCUAUUCAGUAUCGGAAACACCUUUAAGGCGUAGGCGUGGGAAAAGCCAGCGACGGAUCAGUCGGGCAGGGAACGCUGUACUUGUGCUUUGUUGCGUAAGAAAACAUGUACCAAAAACAUUGGCAUUAUGGGGAAAUUGAAAAAUAUACCAUAUAAAUCCCUACAAUACUUAAAUGAUCAGCCCGAAACCACGACUGCAGGAAUAGAUUCAAAGAAUUCAAAGGAUGUUCACCAAGUCUUCCUUCAACAGAGUGUUACUCUUUUAGCAUUUAAAGAUAAAGCAAUUAAUAAUGGUACGAUUGCACCAGAUGUGCUUCAUCCAAAAUUAUUUUUUGGUGUAGUUCCUGAAGACAUUCCAUUAUUUAUAGGUGCUGUUAUAGGUGCAUCACUUAUAAUUGCACUGUUCUUAGUGUUUCUAACUUUCUGGAAAUGCUGUUAUAGAAUGACAGUUUUGAGCAAAAAGAAAGAAUACUGGUUGGAUCCCAAAGAUGCGUCAAUUAAGAACAAACGUAAAAUUCCUGUUGUUCAAAGGAGAUUAUCUACAUCCAAAGCAUUAAUGCACACACAAAAAAUUCGCAUUUUAAUCCACAUGAGUGUAAGGAAUUUUCUUUCUUAUAUUGCUUGCCUUCAUGGUGUAAUUGGAAACAUGUCCAGCUAGUAGUGUCAGAAAGCUAAUAGUUGGAGUUCGA